AUGUAGAGAUACAUUGUAAAUUUCAAGCAUAUAUGUAACGGACAUACAUUUCUUUUAUUUUGUUGUUGAAAUUAGUUUUAUAUAGAAUUAAAAAAAAAACAAUAAAAUGGCUGAUAAUGCCCUGGGUGCACUCAAUAGUGAACAAACGGAAAAAGUUCUUCAAUUCCAGGAUUUGACAGGAAUCGAGGAUCUCUCAAUUUGUCGUGAUGUACUGCAAAGACACAAUUGGAACUUGGAAGUGGCCGUCCAGGAGCAACUCAAUUUGUAUGAGGGCAGACCCUCAAUGUAUGCACAGGACUCAAGAGCUAGACCGCCAGCGGUUGUUGAUGAUACAAAUUCAAGAAUUUAUUUCAGUCCAGCGGGAAGCUCUGCUAGUGGUGGCGGUUUUUCAUCAUUUGUAUUUUCCAUGUGCUAUAACUUAGUAACAAGUAUUUUACAUAUUUUAUUCGCUAUAUUCAGGACAAAUGUAAGACCGGUAUCUUCGGAUCCCGUGGAAGAUGUAGUCAGAUUCAUAGGUUCAUUUGAGGAGAGAUAUGGAACGAAUCACCCAGUUUUUUAUCAAGGAUCGUACAGUCAAGCAUUAUCUGAUGCUAAGCAAGAAUUGAGAUUCCUUCUUGUUUAUCUUCAUGAAGAUGACGUACAGAGUGUGGAUCAAUGGUGCAGAAUUGCUCUAACUGAUACAGAGCUCAUCCGUUUUAUCAAUACCUAUACACUAUUGUGGGCUUGUAAUAUAAAAUCUGGUGAAGGCUAUAAAGUAGCUGAAGCCCUGAAGGCUGGUACUUAUCCAUUCCUUGCCCUGAUUGUUUUGAAAGAUAAUAGGAUGACUAUAGUUGGAAGGCUGGAAGGAACUCCCUCAGUAUCUGAACUGAUACUUCGGCUUAAAACUAUAAUUGAUAAUAAUGAAAUGAAUUUAAUACAAGCACGUCAUGAAAGGGCUGAACGCAGUGCAAAUCAAUCUUUGAGACUUCAACAAGACCAAGCGUAUGAAGAGUCUCUCCGUGCAGAUCAAGAAAAAGACCGUAAACGAGAAGAAGAGAAAAGGGCAAAAGAAGAGCAAGAAGCUCGUAAAAGAGAGGAAAUUAAUGCUUUAGAGAUUGAAAUUCAGCGUAUACAACGUGAAAAAGAAUUAACUAUACAGAAAAUACCUGUUGAGCCCGAAGUGGGUCAUCCAAAUUCUUGUCAUCUUCAAAUUAAACUCGGAGGAAGAACAAUUAUCCGAAGAUUUCUCAUGUCAGAUACGGUUGAGGAUGUUUACCACUGGAUAUUUAGUCAACCGGACUCGCCAGUCAACUUUGAAAUAACUACAAGCUAUCCAAAGAGAAUUCUCUAUCCAACAAUGGAAAUGAUAAGUCUAUUCAAAGCUGGUCUUACGCAUCGAGAAGUCCUGCAUGUUAAUGAUCUAGAUGAUUAACAAAGAUUAAUGAGAAAACUAAAGAUUGAUAAUUGGUAAUUUUCGUUGGAAAAUUUUCAAUUGCACGGUAUACAAGAGAAUUGAAAAUAAUUAUGCACAUUUAUUGUUGAAUUAGAUUUGAACUUUCGAGGGUAUUUUGUUUUCUGUUAAUUUUUAUAAAACCCCACUGAAUACAAUCUAUAUAUAAUAUUCAAAACAGAAAAUGAACGAAAACGAUUUCAAAUGUUGGAAAAAAAGGAUAAAUAUUUUUUUUUGCUUAUAGAAUAAUGUGAAUGUCGUACAAUAGUAUAAUAUGGAAAACCAACUCAUGUGUCUAAAUGUCACAAUAAUUGGCAAAAUCAAUAGUAUAAAUGUAAAUGAAAGCAAAGUUAUCGACAUAAUUAUAUUGUAUUUUUUUCUGUUUUAUAUUUGUGUUGAAAUGUGAACAUUUAUUGAUUUUUGCUUAUUAUAAGCAAAAUAACAGGGACGUAGAAGAACUUUAUUAUGAUUUUCUCUAUUAAUUUCUUUUAAGUUAAUAUACAAUGCAUUAUUCCAUAACUUUGGAAAAAUAUUAAAUACAUGAUAAAAUUCUUCGAAUUCGAAUUCGAAAAAGAAAAAAAGAAGUUCAUUAUUUUCAAAUAAAAUAAGAUUUUAUAAUCUCUUUGUAUGAGCACGUGGAAAGCUGAGUGUGCUGCUGCGAGUGAGUUUGCGUGAAAAACAACAAGGAGUUAUAAUAACGAAUGAAUUAAGUUAAUGUUUUCUGAUAAAGUAAUUAGAAUAAAUAAAACAAAUAAUGAAAAGAUUACACCUAUAAA